AUGCCUCGCAACCGCUCCGCCGCCAGACCUGCUCCCUCUCGUCCCACCGUUCCUUCGAGGGCGCCUGCUCCCCAGCAGACCCGACCGGCAGCGACCUACGCCCCCGCGCAUCAACAGCAUGGUCCCGCGCCCACGGCCACCGCUCCCCAGGCCUCGCAGGGCCCCGGUCUCUUCGGCCAGAUGGCCAGCACUGCUGCCGGUGUCGCAGUAGGCUCCUCCAUCGGCCACGCCAUCGGCGGCCUCUUCGGCGGCAGCGGCGGUUCCGAGCCCGCCGAGGCCUCUCCCCAAGCGCAAGCCCAGCAGCAGCAGCAGAGCCAGUGGGGCAACAACUGCCAGGGCGCGACCCAGUCCUUCACCAAGUGCAUGGACGAGCAGGGCGGCAACAUGCAAAUCUGCGGCUGGUACCUCGAGCAGCUGAAGGCUUGCCAGGCCGCCGCCAGCCAGUACUAA